AAGGUGUGAGCUGGCGUUCGAGCGGAGUCAGACGGCGCAGACACGCACAGUUGAUCGGCAGGCGCGGCACGGUGGGGAUGCUGCCAUCGAGCUGCGCAUUGGAGAAAUAGUCGUCGUGCUCCUAAUGCAAAGGGUCAGCAAGAGGCGGCUGGGGACGAGACAGCUCUGAAUGCGCACCUGCACUGUCUGCUCGUACUCGCGCAGGCUCUGCACCGCGUACACGUGCAGCGUCUUGUCGUAGCUGCGCCGCAGAUGCGUCGGCACGGAGGGCACUGGCGGUGCCUCCUCGUCCUGGUUGACCAGGUCAAAUGCAGGGCCCGGCAGGAAGGACGAGCGCUUCGAGAAGGCGCGUGACACGCGUGGCGACGCCGUGCCGAGGCGUGGCGAGGAGCGGCCGUUGGGCAUCAAGGCAUGGCUGGCGGGCGGAAGCUGCGAGGUCGGCGACUGCAGAUCGAACGACACGUCCGGAGCCAGGUGAUCGCCGUUGGUUGGCUGCACAGCGUCCGUCGAGUCCGGCCCGAUGCGGCCCUCGAAGCUGAACUCGGAGCCCGGCGACGGGCCGUCUUCCGCGCGCGGCGUGUCCCCACCGCCGAACGACGAGAUCGUGCUCUUCUCCCACGGGCUGCUCGCAUUGGAGCCGGCGUCGUCAUCGUCGUCGUCAGAGUCGCUGUCGAGCUCGUCCAGCCGCGGCAUGCGUGCGCGCGGCUCGUUCUUGAUCGUCGGACUCUCGAUGAGGCCUUGUGGCGAGCCCGACGCGCCGUCGCUGCCUGCGCUCAACGGCUCGUUCUUGCCCUUCGUCCGCCCGGUGCUGCUCUUGGCACCAAGCGCGCGAAGCCACUUGGCGGCGCGCGACUGCGUCUUGAUCUCGGCCUUGGACGUCAGGACCGGGUCUGGCAGGCCGAUGCCAAGCACGCGCUCAGCCUUGGUCGUCUCGGGUCGGUGCACAGACGGCGUGUGCCGGAUGGUGCUGACGAACGACAGCGGCCGGGGUCGCGACUUGCCCGAGCCAGGUGCGCGAUGCUGACAUUCGUCUUGCCCUUCGCAUCGUCGGCGGGGUUCGGGAAGUCAUUGAUGCGCGCAAGCCGAACUACGAGAAGAUGCAGGAAGUACGCCCUGAUCGUGAAUGACCACGACAGGAAGAGCUUCUCGAAGACGGCAGGGUUGAGCAAAAUGUCCUCGCAGAAGCGCGUGCGGUUGCGCUUGGUGCUCGUCAAAACGCCGAAGUUGGAGUAGCAGAACUGCGCAGGGUUGAGCCACUGGCACAUGUGGUGUGGACGCUAUAC